AUGAUGACAAGAGAAGAUAAUUUAUCUCCUCGUUCUCUUUGUUCUCUUGCUGCAUCUCUUUCUUUGCUGCAAGUUCGUGAUCCUUUGCUGCAGCAAUUUGUAUGGAAAGAAGUGCAGCAGCAACUGCAGCACCUGCUGCCACCAGAUCUAUGCUUGCUGCUAGAGGCUAUGAGGAGAUGGGGAUCCUAUAACAGGAAUACAUGCGAUUUGCUGCUGCAAAGAAUGACGGAAGAAAUUCAUACUUUUACUGCAGCAGAUGUUACUUCUGCUGUCACCGCUAUUGCUAAUAUGGGGUUAGCUCGUGGCUAUUUAUUACGUCAAUUAUGCUCAUUAGCCUUUGAGAAUCUUCAUAAAUUUAAGCAGCAGCAGCUGCUGCUGCUGCUGCGCGGUCUUGGUCGUCUGCGCUUCCUUACUAGGGAUAAUACAGAUGCAUUGCUGCAGCACAUGAAGAUUGAUAGCAGCACGCUGCAGCAGAUGCAGCAGCAGCAGCAGCAGCAUCAAGUGCAACAGCAGCAGCAACUGCAGCAGGUGCAGCAGCAGCAGCAGCAGCAGGAAUGGACCCCUCAUAGAAGUGCUAUGCUUGUAGGGGCCCUUGCUCUAUGCGAUGUAGGGGCCCCCCAUGGGGGCCUCGCGGAUUUAUUAUCUAAGCUGCUGCAGCACGUGGAUAAUGCCCUAACAGCAGAUGCAGCAGCAGCACGUGCAGCAACAGCAGCAGCAGCAGCAGCAGCAGCAGAAGCUGGUGCUGCUCCUCCUGUUGCACAGCCACCGCUACUAGGCAUAGCAGCACUAGUAGAGGCAGCAUUAGGCAUUUGUUACUUCCAGCUACAAGCACGUCUGCUGCAAGACCGUCAGGAGACCAGUGGUCUGCAUGCAGAAGUAGCAAUGUGCUUAGAGUUGCUGCGGGGCCCAUAUAGGCUGCAGCUGCAGCGCAACGGCAGCUGCAGCAGCAGCAGCAGCAGCAACAGCAGCAGCAGCUAUCUUGUUGAUUUUAUUGAUGAAGAAAAUAAAAUAUGUAUAGAUGUAGAUACGGUGUACAGACACUCCAAUUUAACCCUUAAACAUAGGAGGAUCAACUCCUUUAUCUAA